CGGCCCGGCCGCCCAAUGGGCUGGGGCUGCGCGGCGCCGGGGCCGCGGCCGGGGCCGUCACUUCCUGGCCCUGCAGCCGCCGGCAGCGAGGCCACAGCCGGGGCCGGGGGCGCCCGCAGCCCGCCCGCCCUCCCCACCGCCAGCACCAUGCCCUUUGACUUCAGGAGGUUUGACAUCUACAGGAAGGUGCCAAAAGACCUUACACAGCCAACCUACACAGGGGCCAUUAUCUCUGUCUGCUGCUGUCUCUUCAUAUUGUUCCUCUUCCUGUCUGAGCUCACUGGAUUCAUAGCCACUGAAAUAGUGAAUGAGCUCUACGUGGAUGACCCAGACAAAGACAGUGGAGGGAAAAUAGAAGUGAACCUGAACAUCAGUUUGCCAAACCUGCACUGUGAAUUGGUUGGACUGGACAUCCAGGAUGAGAUGGGAAGGCACGAAGUGGGUCACAUUGACAACUCAAUGAAGAUCCCUCUCAAUAAUGGGGAAGGCUGCAGGUUUGAGGGCCACUUCAGCAUCAACAAGGUCCCUGGUAACUUCCACGUGUCGACGCACAGCGCGACGGCGCAGCCCCAGAACCCCGACAUGACUCACGUCAUCCACAAGCUCUCAUUUGGGGACAAGUUACAGGUCCAUAACGUUCACGGAGCAUUCAAUGCCUUGGAGGGAGCAGACAAGCUCAGCUCAAACCCCCUGGCCUCUCACGACUACAUCCUGAAGAUUGUGCCCACGGUGUACGAGGACAUGAGCGGCAAGCAGCGCUACUCCUACCAGUACACGGUGGCAAACAAGGAGUACGUGGCCUACAGCCACACCGGCCGCAUCAUCCCGGCGAUCUGGUUCCGCUACGACCUGAGUCCCAUCACAGUGAAGUACACAGAGAGGAGACAGCCCCUCUACAGGUUUAUCACUUCGAUAUGUGCCAUCAUUGGAGGAACAUUUACUGUAGCUGGGAUCCUGGACUCCUGCAUUUUCACAGCAUCAGAGGCCUGGAAGAAGAUCCAGCUGGGCAAAAUGCAGUAGCAGUGAAACUCUACCCUCGACUCCAAGGACAGGAGCAAAGAUUGACAAAUCUACCACUACCUGUUUUGUCUUUAUUUUCUAUUUGAUUGAAUCAAUAUGUUUUUCUCUAAUCAGGCAGUUCAGUGAAGAUGUCUUCAACAAAUCAAAGAAAUCUCCAUGCAUUUCAGAGCUCUGAGAGGGAAAAAUCAGUGGAAUCAGGGUGUGGAUUUUGAUUCCCUCCUCCCAGAAAGAGAGGUUGAAAUGCCAUGUCAGAUCUAAGUAAGGGUGGCAGUCUGUCCUCUGGGAGGUUCCUAUGGCAGUGUACAAGCUAGGGAGUAGAUGGCAAAGAGCUGAACUGUCCUGUGGCACUUUUUGGAGUUCUGUAGGAUUUGCAUGAUCAGACAAUCGACUUUUGUAUAGGGCAAAAUUACACAUGAGGAAGAAAUUCCACCCGUGGUGCCAAAAAGGUGAUGUAUCUGUUGGUGAGGAAUGGAAAGUGUUAGUCCCCACAGCAAACCUAAGAGACAGAGGGCAGAAAUAACAUGUCAAGAAAUGUUUUGUGCUUCUGUUGAAAGCUCAGUUGUUGAGAUACAACCUUUCUAAAGAAGUGAAAAAAGGAGAAGAGGAAGCCUUCCCCAGCUACCUUUACCUGGGCAAUCUGUGAGCCCAGCAGUGGAGGGCAUUUCUUUUACUCUGGAUGUAAAAGUGGUUUCAUUUCUUCCCACUAACUGAAUAUCCAGUCUUUUGUUUACAGGUGGCAUGAAGUAAAAACCAAACUGAGCAACACAGUUUUAUGUGGCCUUUGCUUUGAAAGGGAAUAGUUGUCUUUACAGCAUUAGCUUUUAUUUCUUCUGUUUCUAAACACAGACCACCCAAAAGUCUGGAUUCUGCACUUCUGCUUUAUUGUUAUUGUUGUUGUUUUUUCUUUGAAAAGAGGUUUUAUAUUCUCUGUUCUCAGAAAAAUGGUGCAGCCUUCUGGGUGGAUGAGCACAGCUUCCUCUCUUGCUUUGUGUGUGUAUAUUCAAUACACCUGUCAAACACAGGAAUUCUGACUUUUCAGGAUUUAAGGUGCCUCCCUUUUCCUUUAAAACUCAGUCAGGCAUCUUUUCUGAGCCCUGGACUGACACUGUUCUCCCACAGGUACACAGGGCAGCAUUCCCAUGGGCUGACCCUUGCUGGGAGUUCUGUUUGAUCCCUUAAAAUGGUACCUGAGCUUCCCUGCCCAUUCCUUCAAGCCUUGCCUUCUGGAGCCUCCAAAGACACGGAGGUGUGAGGGGAAAACCCCUGCCAGGGGUGUCUUGCAUGUCAUGGUGUCAUGAAAUGAGACCAAAUGUCCAUCAGUGCAUUUUCCAGAGCCUCAUCAAUUGUUCCUUGAGUAGUGACAGUCUCCACAUGCCUUGGGAAUGCCUGAGCUGAGGAUACACAAAUUUUAAGUCUUUCAGGAUGGAUUUUAAAAAAAAAAUUAUAAAAUUCUUGAAGUCAGUGCUGUAAAUUCUAAGAUGGGUGCAGGUUUCUCUUGGAUGAUAUCCAUUGCCUUUUCCUGGAGGCAAAAUAUCCAAACUUUAUGCUGUGAUGAUAUGAAUAGUUGAAUAUUCAGUGUUAUUGUUAGAGUCAGAUGCAUUUCAAAAGAAUUCCUGAUUGUCUGUUGAAAUUGUCCCAUUGCUUUGGAAGCAGGGAAAGUGUAGCCAGUUUUAUCCACCCACUAAAAAGCAGCAGCCAGCUGCUCUCCCCCUGCCAUGCUCUGCCCUGUUGUGACUUGGGACAGCGUUGGAAUUUUUCCCUGUUCUUACUCUGGACUGAUUGCUCUUAAUUUUAGGUGUAAACUGGAUUGUGUAACUUCCUGUACCCAUUCAUGUAUGGAUAGAUUUUUUUUACUUCAUUUUUUCCCCCAUUUUACAAAAAUGAACUUGAAAAUUAGAUGCUUGUGUUCAUUUGGGGUGUGUGUCUGUGCCUGUGAGUGGAUCCCUCUGAUGUGGGAUUUUCCAUAACAAUUGCUUCUCCUGCUGGCUGAAGGAUUUCCUCUAAUCCACUGUGAAAUUCACAGCUAAAAUAUCCUCAUUUUUCCUUUUGGAUUUAGUGAGUCUUUGCUGACAGCUUGGGAACAGUGGAUUACUACAAUGAGAUUUUUAAUAUUGUAGCAUCUUCCUUAAACUGAGAUUUAUUUAGUGCAUCCUUCUCCUGAGCUGAGCAAGGGGAGAUCUUUGCAGUACAGUUCAUUUUCUGAAAUGUCUCCUCUGGUGCAAUUUCUUUGGCACAAAGGUGAUUGCAGAUUCUUUGUGUUCCCUGGUGUGUUAUUCCCAUCCUUCUGCCCAUUCCCUGUCUGUAUGAAACUUCCUCCUGUGCAGUCCAGGCCAGUUCUCUAAACCAGAGCAGUGAAAUUGGUUUGUUUGGGUUGUUUUUUGGUUUUUUUUUUCCUUUGGAAAUAACACACUUCAGCAUGCCUGUUCUCUCUGCCAAAAUAUCCCCUGCAAUAAGUUAAUAAAUCACUUUUAUUUUCUUCUUUUUUUUUUUUUUUUUUUUCUUUUUUUGCAAGAUGUGGAAACCAAAUUGUACUCAAGUUCUGGCAGGAGAAACAAUCUGUACCUUGGUUCUCUGAACCAGUCUAAGCCUUUGAGUGCUGCCCAGCCCAGGCCACCUUCUGGUGUUGGAAGUUGUGGUGAGCUUGUCCUUUUGUCCUUCAGGCAUGGCUGAAGGUCACACCAUGGAAAUGCUUUGUGUGUUUGCAGAAGAAUCUGCUCUUCAUCUCUCCAGAUGUGAAAGCAAGGCAGUUACUGCCUGUGCACCCAUGAGAUUUCACUUUUAUUCUUAAUUUUCCAAUGACAAAAUGAGCUUAGUCGUGCUUUUAAACAUCCUUGCAAACAAAAGAAUUUCGAGUCAGAGCAGAAGGAAACCCUCAGUUUUAGGGUUCUGACUUUGUCCUUUCAGUGUUUUGAUAGAAGUUUCCAAGGAAGACAUCCCUGUAGGAAAUAUUUAAAACUCCCAUUUUAAAUUAUUCCCUGUAAUUCCAGACUCCACCCUACGGUGAGAACUUGAGGCAUAGGAUGCUUUGCAGUGGUGGAGUUAAAAACUUCUAGCUUUAGGGAAAGUUAUUAGCUGUAUUCUAGGCAGUAUCUGGACUGCUGAAGAAGAUUUUUAAAAGAAAACAAAAUGGAAAUGGGGUACAAACAUCCAGGAGAGAUGUGAAUGUUUGAUCUGAUCUCUCCAAUACUUGCAUUUAUGUGCGCUGUAAAAACGAGAUCUGCAAUGUGGGUGGCCCUGUCUGCCACCAAUGCCUGGAUAUUUCUCAUGUAAUGUUCUUUCUCUGUGUGACACACGGGCAGUUGGGGCUGGGGAUGGCUGGGAUGAGUCUCUGCUUUCCAAGAGUUGUUGGAAUUUGCAGUUUGGGAUGUCAGAGAGGGGCAGGGAGGAGGAGCAGCCCUGCUGUGUCUGGUACAGCAAUGUUUAAAGCACAAGUCUUUUACAUUUCUACAGUGGAGACUGUUAAAGGAGUUCUGGCAUUUGUCUUUUUUAAUUUGCAACCUUAUGUUAAUAAACUAUUAGCCUUUUUAGUUCCAUAAUUAAAAAUAAAACUCUUACAUGUUUC